AAUCCAUCCCCGACGCCGGUGGGUCCCCUCCCCUUCCCCCCUCCCCUCCGGCGAACUCCGAGCUCUUCCCGGUGAGCGCCGCCGAUUCGGCCGGAGAGGCUCGCCGGAGUCGCCUCCGCCCUGCCCACGAUGGCCGCCAACUUCUGGACGUCGUCGCACUGCAAGCAGCUGCUGGACCAGGAGGACGUGGACAAGGUCCCCCAGGCGGACAGCGACCGGGGCAUCACGCUGGAGGAGUUCCGCCUCGUCAAGAUCCACAUGUCCUUCCAUAUCUGGCGAUUGGCACAACAGGUGAAAGUUAGACAAAGGGUGAUAGCUACUGCUGUUACUUAUUUCAGGCGUGUAUACACAAGAAAGAGCAUGACUGAAUAUGAUCCUCGUCUGGUAGCACCAACCUGUUUGUAUUUGGCAUCAAAGGUGGAAGAGAGCACAGUGCAAGCAAGACUUCUUGUCUUUUACAUAAAAAAGAUGUGUGCUUCUGAUGAGAAGUACCGGUUUGAAAUCAAGGAUAUCCUUGAAAUGGAAAUGAAGCUCCUGGAGGCACUUGACUAUUAUUUAGUUGUUUACCACCCAUAUCGUCCUCUUUUACAGUUAUUGCAGGAUGCUGGCAUAACAGAUCUGACACAAUUUGCCUGGGGAAUUGUCAAUGAUACUUACAAGAUGGAUCUUAUUCUCAUACACCCACCAUAUAUGAUAGCAUUAGCCUGCAUCUACAUUGCAAGCGUUCUUAAAGACAAGGACAUAACUCUGUGGUUUGAAGAGCUCCGUGUUGACAUGAACAUUGUCAAGAAUAUCUCGAUGGAAAUUUUGGACUUCUAUGACACCUACAAGAUUGAUCCUCAAAGAGGGCUCCCAGAGGACAAAAUAGCCCCUGUGAUGAACAAACUGCCUUCAAAGGCCUAAAGCAGACUGAGCCCUAGUUCAGUUGUUAUCAGUCUGAGCGUCAAAUCACCUUAUGCUCGUACAACAGGAAAUAUGUGUCACCUUCCUUGGAGAACUUUAUAUUUCAAAGCCAUAUAUAUAUAUAGUAUCAGAAUUCAGAAUUGCCCCUAACGAACGAUUUAAUUCAGAAUUCCGAACUAUAUACAGCUGUUCCUGUUGCAGCAGCUUGCGAGGCAAAUCAUUUACAAUGAAGAUCCCAACGGGUUGGGAAUGGUCUGUAUCUGUAUGUGUUUUUGAUGUGUAAAAAAAAACAUGGCUUUGGUACUAUUUAGUUUCUAUAGCAAAUGAAAUCCUGAAAAAUUCUUGCGGUGUC